GUGGGCAAGCGGCUUCGCCGGGUCCCCUCGCCUCGGAUUCCCUGACUUUCUCCUCUCUACAGUUUCCAAGUCUGCAGACGCUAGAAGUCUCCUACGUGUGCCUUGAACUACCAUGACAUCAUGGCAAGAUUUCGGAGGAGAACGUGCAUCAUAUUAUUGCUUUUUAUUUUAUUUAUUUGCUCCAUAAUGAUGGCUUUAAAAACUCUGAGACCUGAAAGAGCUGGAUUUGGCAAUCCAUUUGGUCUUGGCCUUUUACCAGAUGUUCAACAACAAACCACACAUGUUAAAAAAAAGUUCCAUGUGCAGAACAGAGCCAAGGAAGAUAGCAUCUUGCACACCAAAAAUUUGCACAGUUUAACAAAGAAUUUGAAAACUCCUAUGGUUCCAAUAGGAAAACUCAAACAGAACCUUCCUUCUCCUAAUUAUGAUUUCCAUGUGUUUUACUAUAGUUGGUUUGGAAAUCCACAGUUUGAUGGAAAAUAUAUUCACUGGAAUCAUCCAUUGCUGACACACUGGGAUCCCAAAAUUGCAAGUGGUUAUCCAAAAGGAAGACACAGUCCUCCAGAAGAUAUUGGAUCAAGCUUUUAUCCAGAACUUGGGCCUUAUAGCUCCAAAGACCCUUCAGUCAUAGAAUCUCACAUGAAACAGAUAAGCUCAGCUUCUGUUGGAGUAUUGGCUGUUUCUUGGUAUCCACCUGGUAUGAAUGAUGAGAAUGGAGAACCUACUGAUGGCCUGGUGCUUACUAUUUUGGAUAUUGCACACAAGUACAGACUAAAGAUCACUUUCCAUAUUGAGCCUUACAAAAACAGAGAUGAUCGCAGUAUGUACAACAAUGUCAAGUACAUCAUAGACAAAUAUGGAGAUCAUCCAGGUUUUUAUAGACAUAAAGCUAGUACAGGUAGAACCUAUCCUAUGUUUUAUGUUUAUGAUUCUUACAUCACAAUCCCUGAAAUGUGGGCAAAUCUGCUCACGGUAUCAGGAUCCAAGAGUAUACGCAAUACACCAUAUGAUAGUAUAUUCAUUGCCCUUCUUGUAGAAGAAAAACUUAAGCAUGAAAUCCUCAGAAGUGGCUUUGAUGGAAUUUAUACAUACUUUGCAACGAAUGGCUUUUCUUAUGGCUCAAGUCAUCAUAACUGGCCCAGUCUGAAAGCCUUUUGUGAUAAGAACAAUUUAAUGUUUAUUCCAAGUGUGGGUCCAGGUUAUAUAGAUACCAGCAUCCGACCAUGGAACGACCACAACACCCGGAACCGUAUCAAUGGGAAAUACUAUGAGACCGCAUUCAGUGCAGCACUUCUAGUACGACCUGAAAUAAUUUCCAUCACCUCUUUUAAUGAAUGGCAUGAAGGAACUCAGAUUGAAAAAGCCAUUCCAAAGAAGACUGGAAAGACCUUUUAUCUAGACUAUCAACCACAUAAACCAAAUAUUUACUUGGAGCUCACUCGCAAGUGGUCUGAAAAAUACAGCCAGGAAAAAGAACAGUGGCUUACGUGAAGUACUACUGUGUUUGUUUCUUAAUGGAUUCACUUUCAUAAGGAACCUUUCACACUGUCACAUACCUUAUAAAAGUUUUAACUUGUCCACUAUCCUGUUUCUUUAUUAGAGAUUUUUUUUUAUUUUAAGGAGUAAAGGUAACAAUGCCAAGCAAUAUUAGCUCCUUGUAUUCUUACACAGCAUAUUGAAAAUAAAUUUGAAGUGCUGAAUACUAUAUUCAUAUUCUGUAUAGUAGGAGUUCUCUGUCUAGAAUAUUUUAUUGUUAAUUCAAGGAGAGUGAUGUGGAACUUGGGCUUUCAUCCAAACAACUACGUAGGUCUGAAAGCAACUGGGGUUCAGAAUUUCCCCAUUUCUGUGGGGGAAAAACUAAAAAAACUGCAUGCCCCGAAAAGCUUCUUCCAAAAAGUAAGUAGACUUUCAGAACAGCCACUCCUGGUGUAGUAUGUGAGCUGGAAUCAAAGGAAAACCAAUUAUUGUGCAUAUGAGGCCUUCAGUGCUUUAGGUCAGGGCCUUGGAACAACUGUGAUCAACUGUCUACAUCCAUCAUUUCUUAAAGAUCAAUGUAUAUGUGGUGCAUGAAACAGUGUUUGGUAAACUGCAGACUCUCUUUAAGACUUCCUGUUCAAACAUAAUUGAAACGACUGGAAACUGUACAAGGCCAGUCUUUUUUCUGCCCAAAGUACAUAUAUUUUGUAUUCUUCCUAGAAGCUGAAACGUUUUUCUUUAUAUUUGCUUUAUCUUAUGGUAGAAAAGAUGAGUGAUGUGAAAUUGUUAGUCAUACUUGUUAAUACUUUGCUAUGAAUGAAGUAAGAAAUUUUUAGUAUUCUGAUAAAAUGUUCACCUCACCCCCAACUUGUUAUAUAAGCAAUAUUAUUGUGAGCAUGAAUGGAGCUUUGGGACUGAAUGAAAUUAUCACAAAAUGGGAAAGAGUAAUAUCU